UAUCAAUAUAAUAUAAUAAUAGUAAUAUCUUUGCAGAUCACUAAUGUUAUGGUUAUGUUGUUUUGAAUGUUUUUGUUGAUCGCGUUUUGAAAACAGAUUUACUUAUAACUAGCAAAGAGCAAAGCUUCUCUUUGAUACUAGUCUGAGUUCUUGUUUUUCUCUUUGAUAUAAACAAUUUGGGCAAAUUAUCAUCCAGUGAUAAUUAGGGAAGCUGUGAUGGAUCAGGAGAAGGCUGCUGAAGUAAUCAGUGAUGAUGUCUUUUAUAUGAAGAGCCUAGUGGGGAAAAAAGUUAGGGUACAAACGAUUGAAAACAAGUUUAUAGAAGGAAUAGUUUUUGUUAUAGAUCCAAUUUAUAAAACAGUGGUUUUGUGUGAUGACACUAAAAUACGUAUGUUCAUUUAUAUAUCCAUUAAAUCUUUUGAGGAACUCUCGAAAGAAGUGGUGGAUCAUACUUUUUUGGAAAAACCUGCACCUAGAGAUAUAGGAGAUUGGAAAAAUAUCGAACAAAGAGGUGAAAAACUUCUCAAGUGGUUUAAAACCCAUUAUAUUAAUGCUAGGAAAAAUGGUGAAACUAUUAUUAUUGAUAAUCAUGUAUCAAUGGCACCUCCAUAUACUGAAGAAACAUGUUAUUGUAAAAAUACAAUUAUUCUUGAGAAAGUACGAACCAUAAUUGGAAAAAUGCCUGAAGAUUUUGAAUAAUACAUGUUCCUGAAUAUAAGUAUAAUUUAUACUGUUUACAUAUUUUUACUUGUUGAAGUCACAUAAUUAUAAUUUCUAAAUGAUAUAUUCUGGAUCUUAUUGAGAAUUUAAAUGAAAAUCUAUGUGGCAAAAAUAAGCUUAUGUAAUUAUUGAAUUCUUUUUUUAACAGAAUAUUUCUUUUUUCAUCUAUAUUCAUAUUUUUAUAAUAUGUUAGUUUACUCAUAGAAGUAUGUUGUAGAUCAUUAUUAUUAAGUUGACCAUACAAUUGUUUUUAAGGAGAUAUUGUUUUCACGUAAAUAAUUCAACUCUUGAAUGACCAUAUUUUUUUGAUGUGGCUAAUACUCGAAGUCAAUCCAUAAUUGAAUGAAAAACAGAAUUAUACAAUUUUCAUCAACAUGAGUUGACAGCAGUUCACCUUCACCCACCUGAAUAUGCUAUUGUGAUAGCAAAACAUGUGUUGUGGUUUGACAACUCAUGUUAGUGAAAAUCAUAUAAUUCUCUUUUUAAAACCAUAUUUUUCGUUAAAAAUUGCAGAUAAAGGAAUCACCAAUAAAUUUAUUAUUGCCAUUUAUUUGUUGUAAAAAUAUUGAUUUUACACAAAUAAUUCAAGACUGAAAUAAUUAUAAUUAGUAUUAUAAAAAAGUUGAAACAGA